AUGGUGACAAGAGAAAAAUCUGCUUUUUGUGCCUCUUGCUUCAGUCUGAAUUCUGGUAAUGAAUUGCUGCAAAAGAGGCCGUGUUCAUAUCAACUCUACUGGUUACCAUCCCUUGGUGGUGAAUUCUUUGAACAAAAGACAGUUACUCUGCCUGGUGAUAAUUUAUCUGCCAUUUUACCUGGACUAAAUUUUGAGACGAAUUAUACGAUUAAAAUAUCGCCCUAUGAAGAGCGUGAAGUAAGAAAAGUUUUUCCAGCUCAAGGAUGGUUCAUCACUCCAUCCUGCUUAUCCAUCACGAAUGGAAAUUUUUCCUUGUGUGCUCCUGGCCCACCAUUAAACGUUACUGUAUUUUGGUCCCCAACUGCAUUGGAAGCUGUUCUUGUGUGGCUGCCCCCACUUUUUUCUUCAGUGAGCAAUGAAGUUAGCAAUUACUACUUGGCAGUUGCUGAAAUCUCUGAAAAAUUUGAAAGCAUAAUGCAGUAUAGGGACCAUAUUCUUUUAGAAAAGAAUUCAUCAUUUUUAACGCUAACUGACUUACAACCAUAUGGACUUUAUAUGUUUGAAUUAAGAGCAAUUAGUCCUGGCGGUACUGGUCCACCUGCAGUGACUGAACUCAACACAAAAACAGUAAAAAUCUAUACUUUCCAUUUUGAUGAAAUACCUUGGCAUUACAUUAUACCAAGUGGCAUAUGUUUACUGUGUGUUUUGACAGCUGCUGCCAUACUUCAAAUCAUUCAAUCUCGCCGAAAAGCAAAAACCCUGAUAUAUCCUAAUGGGCUGGCGGAUGUUCCUGAUCAUUUACUACCUUCUUUGGUGCCUUCAAAUAAAAUUGAGCUUCAAGAUAUCUUAGGACACGGUGCAUUUGGUGUUGUUCAUAAAGGAAUGUAUGCCCAUAAAAAGAGUAAAAAAGAAGUUGCAGUCAAGACGUACCCUGCUGAAACUUCAACUAGAAAAAGAUUGCUGGAUGAAAUUGAUAUCUUACGGUUGAUAGGCCGACAUGAUCAUGUGGUUUCACUAGUUGGAUUUUCAUUAAAUAUAGACAAAAUGUAUUUAAUAUUAGAGCUCUGUGCUAUGGGAGAUUUGCAGUCAUAUCUUCCCAGAUUGAAAAAGCUUGUACAAGAUUUAAAACGUCAGCAAAAUAUAGGUGGGUCUAUCAGUUGUGGUCGAAAAUAUGCACUACAGUUGUGCCGUUAUAUUUAUCAAGUAGCUGUUGGAAUGGAGCAUAUUUCCUCUUUGAAACUCAUCCAUAGAGACAUUGCUGCACGAAACAUUCUUAUGUGUAGUGAAGAACAUGUCAAAAUUGCAGACUUUGGAUUGUCUAAGGACAUUUAUGAAACACAAAAUUACCAUUCUAUCACUCAACAAAGAUUGCCUAUUAAGUGGAUGGCCCCUGAAGCAAUAGAAAAGCGAAGAUUUAAUGUUCGAACUGACGUGUGGUCAUUUGGCGUGUUAAUGUGGGAAAUCUUUGAAUUUGGUCAAGAACCUUACAAGGGGUACUCAAAUUCUGAAAUUUUGCCAUUUCUGAAAAGUGGUCGCAGAUUAGUGAAACCAGAUGCAUCAAAUAAAGAAUGGUAUGACCUUAUGCUUGAAUGUUGGCGUGCAGAUCCUAAAAGGAGGCCAUCUUUCAGAGAGCUAGUUCAGAAGAGUGGAGAUACUAUUGCAAAGAUGAGUAACUACACUAACGUUGUUAAUACUUGACCCUAACUGCAAAAAGUCUUGAAUUUUGAAACAGCUGGAAAGUUCCUAAAAAUUAAAUAUCAUUUGGUGCUAUUUUAUUAAUGUUAUAUGUGAUCUUAAAUGCAGCAUUUCAAGUCUCACAGUUUUAUACUUUAUUUGUAAUCAUUUUCAGAGACAUGAAAAUACAACAUAUAUACAAAUGAGCUUAUCAUCCUUCAAAUGUUGUGAUUUCAUUUUUAUUCUUGACUUGAUUGCAAAAUCGAUUUUUGUAAAUCUUUGAAUGAAGUAUACAAAUGUUUAGUUCAUUGUUUGUAUGUCAUUACCUAGUUGUUUUACGUUA